CCCAGAACCGGACGGUCCUGCUUCGGAGGCGGCCUGUUGAUUGGCUCGUGACACUUACGGAAAGCGGGGAGAAUGGAAUGUUGGGGACUCUGAGCGUUCCAGAGAUACUUUGCUGUUAUUGUUGUUGUUUCAUCCAUUUUUUUACGCAGCCGCGGAUGCAAAAAGGGAAAGAAAGAAGAAAGUAGGGUGAGUUUUUACAGGCGCAAGUCUGUACUCGCCUACUCAGAAGUAGGUUCCAUUAAAUUCAAUGGGACUUGCUUCCAGGGAAGGGUAGCGUUGCAGCCUCAACCUAGAGCCUUCUGCGGGGGCCCUUCUGGAUUAAAAAGGAGGGAAAUCUUUGGAAUUGCACUUUCUCCUGCGACAGGAUCCCUUGAAGGCGGAUUCCCAGGCGUCGCUUGGCGGGAUCGACGGACCCGGCGACCCGGUUGGGACAGGAAACAAGAAAAGUCACGAGGAGGUGACCUUUCAAGAUGGUAGACCAUCUGGCCAACACUGAGAUCAACAGCCAACGCAUUGCGACUGUGGAGAGCUGCUUUGGAGCAUCCGGCCAGCCGUUGGCCAUACCUGGAAGGGUCCUCUUGGGCGAAGGGAUUUUGACCAAAGAAUGCCGGAAGAAAGCCAAACCGCGGAUCUUCUUCCUGUUCAACGACAUCCUUGUGUAUGGAAGCAUUGUGAUCAACAGGAGGAAGUACAGCUCCCAGCACAUCAUACCGCUUGACGAAGUCACCCUGGAGACUUUGCCGGAUACCCUGCAGAUGAAGAACCGCUGGAUGAUCAAGACGGCCAAGAAGUCCUUCGUCGUUUCCGCCGCCUCCCUGACCGAGAGGAAAGAAUGGAUCAGCCACCUGGAGGAAUGCAUCCGCCACUUGCUGUCCAAGAUGGGCCAGCAGCCCCCCACGGAACACGCCGCCCCCUGGAUCCCGGACAAGGCCACCGACAUCUGCAUGCGCUGCACGCAAACCAAGUUCUCCGCUCUCACGCGCAGGCACCACUGUCGGAAGUGUGGCUUUGUGGUAUGCGGAGACUGCUCUCGGCAAAGGUUCCUGAUGCCCCGGCUGUCCCCGAAGCCUUUAAGGGUGUGCAACCUUUGCUACAAACAGCUGGUGGCAGCGCAAAAGGAGAGCGAGGACCAGCCGAAGAUAGUCCAUUCUCCUCUGGCUGGCUAUGAGCCUUCCAGUGGAGAUGACAGCGACAGGUCCGACGAGGACAGAGUGGAACAGUGGUCAGCGGAGGCAGAGUUUUACACAUCCCACACAGCUUGGUCAUCUUUCCAUAGCUGACCCCUGCAUGGUCUUGUUAAUUUCAGGGGCCGCAUGCUUAUUUCCAAGGAGUACAGGGAACACACACUUUCCAAAGUGCACUUUUCAGAGGAGUGGCUUUCAUCAUGUCUUUUGGUGCCAUGGGUUUUCCUCCUCUGUGGUUAAGGAAGAAGAUAACUGAAUCAAACUAAAAUAUGCAAGAGCCUGCUUGUUUCCUCUAAGGCAGGCAUCCCCAAACUGCGGCCCUCCAGAUGUUUUGGCCUACAAUUCCCAUGAUCCCUAGCUAACAGGACCAGUGGUCAGGGAUGAUGGGAAUUGUAGUCCAAAACAUCCGUAGGGCCGAAGUUUGGGGAUGCCUGCUCUAAGGCCUGGCCUGCACUAUAUAUUUGAAGCAGUAUCAUUCCGCUUCAAGUAGUCAUGGCUAUGGGGGAGGGCUGUAGCUCAGCGGUAGAGCAUCUGCCUUGCGUGCUGAAGGUCCCCAGGUUUAAUCCCCAGUAGCAUCUCCAUCUAGGGCUAGGAGAGACUCCUGUCUGACACUCUGGGAAGCCACUGCCAGUCAGUGGAGACCAUUCUGAACUAGGUGGGCCAGUGAUCUGAUUCAGGAAGCUUCUUAUGCUUCCCUUCAUGAAUCCUGGGAGCUGUCAUUUGUUAUGUGUGCCGAGAGUUGUGAGGAGACCCCUUAUUCCACCCACAGAGCUACAGUUUCCAGAACAAUCCGUUCCUCUUCCCAGGGAACCCUGGGAAUUCUAGAGGUCUCCUCUCUGCACCCUUAACAAAUCACUGUUCCUAGGAUUCUUUGUGGAAAGCCAUGACCUUUAAAGUGGUAUGAUACUGCUUUAAAUGUAUAGUGCAGAUGGGGUCUAACAGUGAGUUGUUUUUAUUGGCAUUUGAGGCAGAGCUGAAUUAGACCCCAAACACAUCAGGUGUUGAGCAUUGCUGAAAGUUUUGGUCCCUUUGAUAGAUUUUCUGGGGCUCCUGCAUAGCUGCCAAGUUCUCCCUUUUUUUAAGGGAAAUUCCCUUAUGCUGAAUAGGCUUCCUCGCGAGAAAAGGGAAAACUUGGCAGCUAUGGGCUCCUGAAGUGUUGACUUUCAGCUUGGGCAUCUUGCAGGCUUGUACAUCAGAACAGCACCCACCCCAACUUGAAGUCUCUGUCUUUCUUACACCCAGGAGUCAAAUUUUGGAUCCAUAAAUCAUAAGUUAUGAAAUCCAGAGGAAGAUCCCCUUCACAGUUUUUAAGCUGACAGCACCAUGCAGAAAUUAAUCAAGGGCUUAUAAUAUGAUUGUAUAUAAAAAAUCUAGUCAUUUUGGGGAGGUAUUCACAGAAGGAUGCAGUUUUUUGGAUCUGCUUGAUGCAGAAGGAGGGUAGAACCUUCUUGAGCAUUUGGAAAUGAAGGUUUUCGGAGCAGCUUUCUCAUGUAAGCAGAUGGCUUCUUAACAGUGGUAUUGUAUCACGAGUGCUGGCUUGUAUAUAUACAGUGGUUCCUCGACUUACGAAUGACUCGAAAACCGAAUUUUUCAACUUACGAGUGGGGCAAAUGGCCGCACGCUUACGAAUGUCUCGACAUCCGAACGGAAACUGCGCCGGUUUUAGAUAGGGUUUUUUCAACUUACAAAUUUUUAGAUGGGGUUGCUUCAACUUACGAAUUUUUCCGUUUCCAAUGCAUUCCUAUGGGAAAUCGUGUUUCCAAUGGCGCUUUUCGGCUUACAAAUUUUUCAACCUACGAAGGUGCCUUUGGAACGGAUUAAAUUCGUAAGUUGAGGCACCACUGUAUACUAAGUUUGGCUUUGCUUCCUGGCCCCAAAUUUUUUUAUUACUGUUGUUUUUAUUAUUCAAAACAACAAGAGGAAGUGCUUUGUUUGUGGGAUGCAGAGGCCUUUUGCAACCAACUGUCAUGUUCUCCACAUGCAGAAAAUCAUACAAAUAACUGAAAACACUAUAUAUGUGAAACGCUAAAAAUAGUUUGCAGACAAAAGGUGGUGGUGUGGCUUUUCCUGGAGGUGGGGGAAGGACCCGGUUGUUUCCGCCUGCAAAGUUUUUUUAAGACUCUGCACUUAACAGUUGCCCCCACCUGCUGCAACACCAGUCAUUGACAGCAGAAAAGCCUUGUUAACAUUAAUCUAAAAGAAAAUAACUCAUUCCUUACUCCCGUAGAAUUUAGGUUAACUCUUUUCUGUCUGCGACCGUUAGACAGCAGCAACUUGGUUGCCACAACAAAUGUUAUAUUGGACCUUAAUGACAACCACAGUGUUGUUAGCCUGUUCAGUUACCUUGUCUUUUAUACUCUUCAGGGUUUUUUGGAGCAAAUAUGUUGACUGGCAUUUUUAUACUUACCGUUUCCUAAUCUGUGGGUUUUUGUUUUCAUUGGUCAAUGUGUUUACUUCAGAGCUGUUGGCCAACAAGCUUUUUAAGUUAAUUAACCAGGCUUUUCUCUCUCCCUUUAAUGGAUGCACAGAGUUCUAAUUUAAUACUACACUGCCUUGAUGCAAUUUUCAGGUCUCUUCUUGAAGAUUAGUGCAUGCUGGUGGAAAAUAACACAAAAAUGCUAGGGCCCCGUUUGACUGUCAUGGCAUGCUGUAUGGUGCAGUGGUUAGAGUGACGGACUAAAACCUGGGAGAUGCCGGGGUUCAAAUCCUCACUUGGCCAUGAAGCUCACUUGGUGACCUACCUCACAGGGUUGUUGUGGGGAUUAAAUGAGGAACCAUGUAUGCCAACUUGAGCUCCUUGCAGAAAAAGAUGGGAUGAAAAUGCAAUGAAUUAAAAAUUGCCGCAGAGGGCAAAUGUGGCAGCCUAGUCAUACUUGCUCAGAUGAGAUCAGUUUUGUCCACUCCAGGAGAAAUCUCCAGAUGUUGCUGGACUACAAAUAAUUUCUAGUUAUUGUCUACGAUGACUUGGACUGAUGGGAGUUGCAGUACAGCUACAUCUGGAAGGCAGAGGACAUGCUCAGCCUAACCUGAAGAUGCUGGGAAUUGAACCAAGGACCUUCUGUGUGUGUAAAGCAGAUGCUCUGUAUCAGGGCUUGAGAACCAGAUCUGGCCAGUGGACCAGACUGUUCUCUCCCCUACCCUUGCACACCAGGUCUGAAAGGUGGAUGUAGAGCAGGCAUCCCCAGACUUCGGCCCUCCAGAUGUUUUGGACUACAAUUCCCAUUAUCCCUGACCACUGGUCCUGUUAGCUAGGGAUCAUGGGAGUUGUAGGCCAAAACAUCUGGAGGGCCGCAGUUUGGGGGUGCCUGAUGUAGAGGAUCCCUUGUGAUCACGAUGACGUCAGGUGGCCCUUUUCACCAGCCCCUUCCGAAGGGCUAGGCUGUGCAGCGCCUUCAAGGGGGCUUCUCAAGAUCUGACAACCAGCUGAUCGUUGGGUCUUCAGGUGACCCUUUCAAGGCGCCAUCUUUCCCAGAGCUUUGCAUGGGGCUCAACCAAUCAACUGAUAGCCGGUGCCUGAAAAUCCCCUUUUGACUGAGGAGGGCAUGGGCUUGGCUGAAACUGCCUUGUUGGCCAACUGGAGAGGUCUGGUGGGCUGAAAUAGGUUCGCGAGCCGGAGGUUCCCCACCCUGCUCUGUUGCUCACCUGCCCAUGCCGUGGGGUCUCUUGUAACAUCUGCCUUCGCAUAGAUGGCUUUCCAGUUCGGUAGCAAAGCCCGUGCUGUGCCUGCAAUGGUUUUUGGUCUGAACUGAACCGAAGGCCACCUACUGAAAGCUAUUUGGAACUAACACCCUAUUUUCCAUAUGUGCCUAAAUCCAUUACUGGAGUGUGGUGGAGGCUUUUUGCCUUUAUAAUCUGCUUGCAUUAGGAUAUGCACACUGUUUAAUGGAGCGUGUAAUCUUCAAGGACUAAUGGCAGGAAGCCACAGUCAUGGCUACUUUGUCACUUAAAAAGAAAAACCGUCCAGAAUGAGUAGCUGACCAUGUGAUUUCAAAUGCCAUCCAGCCUGCUGUGAACUGAAUGGGCUCUCCGGGUGCUAGGUGGAUGUUUCCAAGUUGCAAAGAAAGAGCUGGAAAAGUGAAGAUUAAUGAGAAGGAGCUUGGCCUGCUUUCCCCUGCCUCCAUGGAGUUCAUUCUUUUCCGACUGACUACAUUCCCCCAAGUCCUGUGUCAGCUGAAAUAGUACCUUGCCUGCCCUCGCCCAUGGAAAGCAGCAUAGAAAUUGGCCAGCAAAAGCCAUAACCGAAACAGAUGUUUCUGGUUUUAAGGAGCAUUUAAAAAGAAGAAGAAAAAACGUUCUUUGUCUUGUUUUCCUCCCUCAUCUGGAUCAAAUAAAUAGCAGUAACAAUGGUGUGUUUAUGGAGUGUUGUUCCCAUGAUGCUUUGCAAGGCAUUGUACUUAAGCUAAGUGAAGGAUAUAGACAGCUGGAAGCUGGUUGUUUGAAUCUAGGCCCCAUUCUAGGCUAUGUUCCCAAGAACUCUCACACAAACCGGCCAUGUUCUCCACAGAGGAGACACAAAGGCCACAUUCGCACCAUACAUAUAAUGUGCUAUGAUGCCACACUCUUCUCUCAAAGAGUUCUGGGAGCUGUGGUUUGCUCAGGGUGUUGGGGUAGUUGUUGGGAGACCCCUGUUCCCCUCCCAGAACUCUCCAUGAAGAGGGACUAAUGGUUAAACCACUCUGGGAAUUGGAGGUCUGUGAGGCGACAACUCUCUGCUAAUCUUAACUAAAUUUCAUUUAUAAAAAUAUUUGUAUACUGCUGCAUCGUGUGUGUGUGUGUGUGUGUGUGUGUGUACACACACAUACGGCAGCGGUAUGUAUAUAUGCAGUUUACAGCAGUAAAACAACACAAUAAAAACCAUAUUUAAAAAGUUAAACACAGACAUCAGGGAACCAUUGUGGAAGGAUGUAUUCCACCUACAUAGGCCUGGUGGAACAGAAAAGUUUUCAGCAGGUGUUUAAAAAUUGCCACAGAAGGUGCCUGCUAAAUCUCUAAUGGCAAAGAUUCCAGGUGACUCUUUGUCCACAGUGAACGAGGAUUGUAUUCACUGCACACCCUCCCCCCAGCUUGCUUUUUAGCUUGUGUUCUGGUGAGCUGCAAGUGAAGAACGCUGGGCUGAGCUGUGUGUAGGGUAGAUUUUGGUGUGUUGCUGAGGGAAUUUUUGCUGAUUCUGCUCCGAAAAACACACGACACUUUUGCAUUCUUGCUACCACAGUAGACGCUUCUGCAUUCUAGUCCUUGGUUGCCUUCCAUUAUAGAAGUCUAGAAAGCCAUAGAAAACAGAAGGUGUUCCUACUUGCAGUUGGUACAACAGCUACAACCAUUUCUGGAUCGGGAAAGCUUGGCCACAGUGGUUCCUGCGCUGGUUGCUUCAAGACUGGAUUUCUGUAGUGCGCUCAGUAUGGGGCUCCCCUUGCACUUGGUCCAGAAGCUGUGAGGUAGGUUAGGCUGAGAGACUGAGACUGAGACUGGCCCAAGUCCACCCAGUCAACCUCAUGGCUGAUUGGGGGAUUUGAACCCUGGUCUCCUGUGUCCUAGUCUGACACUAACCUACUAAACCGCACUGGCAACAUUUUCUGAAUGUUGCAAUUAAAUGGCUUUGAUAACACAUGAGGCUGCCUGUAUUAGGUACUAGGUGCUCGGCAAUAACCUUUCCCUCACAAUGCUCUACUGCUUUGCCGUAAGGGUCCCGCUGCACAAAAAUUGUGGUUGGCUUUUGCAGCAUGAAGAUCAGGAGGGGCGGCUUGGCAGAGACAUCUCCUUAUUACUCAUCUCACCUGCUUACACGCACGUUCAAAGGAAGCCGCAGGAAAAUGGCCAGAGAAAAGAAUGAAACAAAGAUGGUAUUGUGGUUUGUAGGGGGUGGGGCAGCAUUAAAAAUAUGUUUCAGUCAAAAAGUGUUUCCUGUUAAAUGCUGAUUGAAAGUAGUUUGUUAAGGGUGGUGAGAAUUGUUAGGAGGCCCCUAACAGAGCUACAAUUCCCAGAGUGGUUUAAUAGUCAAUCCCUCUUCUAAGGGAACUCUGGAGGCGGGUGGCUCUGUGGUUUAGACCACAGAUUAGGGCUUGCCGAUCAGAAGGUCUGUGGUUCGAAUCCCCGCAACGGUGUGAGCUCCUGUUGCUUGGUCCCAGCUCCUGCCAACCUAGCAGUUCGAAAGCACGUCAAAGUGCAAGUAGAUAAAUAGGUACCGCUACAGCGGGAAGGUAAACAGCAUUUCCAUGCGCUGCUCUGGUUCACCAGAAGAGGCUUAGUCAUGCUGGCCACAUGACCCGGAAGCUGUACGCCGGCUCCCUCGGCCAGUAAAGCGAGAUGAGCACUGCAACCCCAGAGCUGUCCGCUACUGGACUUAACGGUCAGGGGUCCCUUUACCUUUACUUAACAACUCUCAACACCCACCACAAACUACAGUUCCCAUCAUUACUUGGGAGGAGCCAUGGCUGUUUAAAGUGGCAUCAUGGUGCGAAUGUAGACCUAAUCUCUGUUGAAAGCGUGUUUGACACCAAGGGACCUGCAACCAUAAAUGGUUAGAUCAGUUGGUCCUCUAUAACACUGUGGACAACCAAUAAGAUGCCUCCGAAUGAGCUCAGUGAACGAGCUGGGAUAUAGAGGCUCAGAUGAUCUUUACGGCAUCCUGGACACAAGUUGUUCAGGGCUUUGUAUAUCAACGCAACAUCGGGGGGACAGGGAAUCGCCUUGCAGAUACUGUUGGACAUCCAUCAUUCAUGACUCUUGGCUUUCCUGGCUGGGAUUGGUGUGACCUGGAUGCUUCCAACAUCUGGCGGCAGGGCCAGUCCAAACAUGAAAAGGGAGUGAAGCAGCCUGCCUCGGGCAGCAGAAUCCCAUGGGCAGUGCCCCAAAGGGUACCUCGCCCACUCCUGCUACCGCUGCCAAGGUUGCGCUGUGGUAGCUUCUAUCAAGAUCUCGCACAAUUUUGCAGAACUCUGAGUGUCAGCAGCGGCAGGGACGAUGAAAUAACAAACUUGUCCGCAAUAUCUUUGCUUGCUUUUUAUUUUUGAAUAUACGCUAUACACCCCUCUUGCCACCAUUACUCUGCACCUCACACUACACCAACGUAUGAAACAUUUGGGUAACUUAAAUACAGUUUUCAAAAUAAUCAAUUACCCAAUCACAUCGCUCCAUUCAGUGCAGCAAGUAAACUCCACCUCCAAUUAUUCAAAUUAUCAAAAGCUCGCAGGUGUGCUAUCAUUCAGAUCAGGGCCACAAACACACAUCUCUGCGUAGCACCAUUGACCACAUCAAUCUUAAAGAAAAACUUAACAACCUCUAGUGGGAUAUUGCAGAGCUUUCACAAGACCUCACUGAGCUCUGCACAAUCUCACAAGGUCUCACUGAAAGCUGUGUGAUCCUGGUAAGUGAGGCUUGGCAAGGGGGCAGGAUUUUCCCAUUUCACCUCUGGCGAAAUGAGAGUCACAGAUUCUUCAUCCCUGGUAGACAUGAAGGGGGGGGGGAGAGUAGAGAUGCCUUCCAACAGGAAGCCACUUCAUAAACAUAGAACUGCUUGACUCUGGAAACUCAACCUUGAAAUGCAUUUACUUAUCAAAACCAGACUGGAGUAAACUCUGGGAUUUUUUUCCCCCUGAAGUGGUGAGACAUGACUGUUCUUCAAAGCUAGGAAAGUAACAAGGCAGUUUUGUUUGAGAGAGAGAGAGAGCUGAGUGCAGUUUCAGAACUAUGCUUUGUUGUAUGCUUCCCAGUGACAGUGUUGGAGGCGCUCCAGCCGCAAAUGACAGGAAAACGAGGCUCCCUUGCCUACGGAGCGAUGAAACCCAAAGCUUCGGCCUUCCAAAGUCAACAGAAAGAUAUUGCCGAAGAAAAACAGCCACUGUAAGAGCAGCAGAAGCUAAAGCUCCGCAGCAGGAGAUUAGAUGCUUUGACAAGUGGUUACUGUAAAAUCAUUGUAUUGCAAGAUUUUGCAGAACUUCACACUUUCCCAAAUUUGCCAACAUUUGUGAUUACUUCAAAAUGGAUUUAAAAAUAAAAAUGAGGGCAGGGAGCUUUUGAUCUUCCUUAAACAUCUGUGCCCAGAUAUGUCUUCCAUGUAUAGGUUCACAUAUGCAGACAAUUUGCUAUAGGCUCUGUUGGGUGCUAUGAUCAGAGCAGGGGGCCCUCUUGGUAGUUACUCCACCCUCACUAGGCUCAAGGGUGUGAGUGGUAGCUCCCUAAGCUGUGAAAUUCCUUCAACACAGGUGUGUUGGGCAGCUUCACUAUACAAGUUUCAUCACAUGAAGGCAUUAUGUCUUUACCCUGGCCUUUGGCAUUUGAGAUUUAUAAUUUUAGGACUCGCCCUAUUGUGAUCAUCAUUUGUUUUAAAAUGUUUUUAAUGCUGUGAUUUAUCCCAUUGCAGUAAAACCUUAGGGUGGAGGAUGGCUAAAUAAUAAUAAUGAUAAUAAUAAUUCUCUCAUCUCAUGCACAUAGUAAAGGUAAAGGGACCCCUGACCAUUAGGUCCAGUCGUGACCGACUCUGGUGUUGUGGUGCUCAUCUCGCAUUACUGGCCGAGGGAGCUGGUGUAGAGCUUCCAGGUCAUGUGGCAAGCAUGACAAAGCCGCUUCUGGCGAACCAGAGCGGCACACGGAAACGUUGUUUACCUUCCCGCUGUAGCAAUACCUAUUUAUCUACUUGCACUUUGACAUGCUUUCGAACUGCUAGUACAUGCACAUAGUAGCCAUUACAUAAAAAUUGAACAAAUGCAACAUUAGGCUUCAUGAGUAGGACCACAGUUUCCAUCCAAGUGGUGGGAAGUAAUAGCUCCGCUUUGUUCUUCAGCAUCAUGUCCAGUUAUAGGUCCUGCUCUUUUAAGAAGGAUAGAGAUAAACUGGAACAUGUUUAGGUAGGGGGUAUGGAAAACAAGCUGUGGGAGAAGAGGUUGAAAGGACUGGGUUGAUUUAGCCUAGAUAAAAGAAGAUGGGGGAGAGAUAGGAAUAGGGGUCUAUAAGAACAUCAGAACCACCUGCUGGAUCAGGCCAAUGGCCCAUCUAAUCCAGCACCAUAGUCUCACUUGGACCAACCAGAUGCCUGUGGGAAACCAGCAAGCAGGAUUCAAGCUCAUGAGCACUUUCCUGGGUUUUCUGGCAACUGGUAUUCAGGAGCUAUUGCUGUAUCUGACUGUGGGGGCAGAGCAUAGCGAUUGUGGCUAGUAACCAUUGAUAGUCCUCUCUCUCCUCCACGAGUCUCCUAACCACCUUCAGCACCCUUAAGAAACUACACUUCCCAGGAUCCUUUGGGGGGGAAUGCAUGGCUGUUUAAAGCAUAAUACUGCUUGAAAUGCAUGGUGUGGAUGUGGGCUGUGUCACACAAGCUCUUGUACCUGUGCAGAGACAGCAUGUGCCUUUGUUUGGUGUGAACACCACCCAAGUUUCAAAUGGAAACCAGAAGUAAGGGCUGCAUUUUACUGUUGGCUUCUUCUUCAGCCCAUGAUCUCCCUGUCUCUCUUUGAGCAACAGAGUGUUUCACUGUGGCAAUUAACCACAGUGAAGUGAAAGAAAGCUGCUUUCUGCAGCCUGGCUGUGGUGAAAUUAUUUUGAGCCUCCCAGUGGCUUUGGAAUCCCACAGUUCUCUCUUGCAAAGUUUAGGAUGAAUUAAAAUUUUAUCUUUCCCGAGUUUUUUUAAAAAAAUCAGCUCUCAUAAAUCACACUUAAUUGGGGGGGGUAUUAACAGAGAGAGUUAACGGCAAUUAAGCGAUGAAAUGUGUGUAUUCUGGCUUGGAAAUGUGGAGAAACACAUUGAUUUUUAUGAUCUCUUGAAAUGCAGAGAUGAAAGCUUCCUUCCUGAUUAAAGACAAAAUAGAUUCAAGCUGCCAAAGCAAAGUCCACUUCCUCUCUCCUCCCUACAAUUUUGGAUUCUUACAUUCCUGAUAGUAGAAGCUUGAUGAAGGCAAAAGCUUUCAGUAAGCCUAAGGAAGGGAACUGCCAUGGAUGAAGGCACUCUACCUCAGAAUACCAAGUCAUGCAGACACACAGAUGAUGCCCAUAGUAUUUGCAUCCUGCUUGCAAGCUUUCCAAUAGCAUUUAGACUCCCUCUGAAGCUGGUGGACUCUCCAUCACUGGAGGUCUUUAAGCGAAGGUUGGAUGGUCAUCUGUCAGGGGUCUCUUCUAGCCCAAUAGUUGUAUGAUUCUAUGAUUCAUCCUUCAACAGGCUUCCUUCCCACUGCUUGAUAAGCCUGAGAGCAAUGUGAGAGGAGUAGAGAGAAGGGAUUUCUGCUGGAACAGAAGCAAGCAGCAGCAGCAGUCACUCUAUCCAUCUGCCUGCUAAAGUUCGGCUUGACUCCGUCAUACUCAAAGCACCAGCAGGUUAAUAACUGUCACUGGAACAGAUGGUUUCUCAGUAGAAAUGUGCACCUCUCCACCACCCGCGACAUACACACAGUUCUUCAGCUGUUUGCUAGAACUGCUGGCACAGCGUAUCUUGGGUUUCCAAGGCAACACCUGUGUUUUUGGCACUUGGCACUGACAUUAUGCAGCUGAUAAGAGGCACCGUCUUAAGAGCCUCAAGGCAGACUGCUGGGGUGGCAGGUGGCUGCUCUUACACUCUGCUUCCCAACACACACACACACACAGCCUUAAAUCCCAACAAAUUAUGCUGGUGGGAUUAUGGGGAAAGGGUAAGAAGUACAAUGCAGCUUAUACAGCAAUGCAACUACAGGGCCAAGACACCACAGAAUGCUGGGUCCACAUUUUCACACACACAUUUGUAGUUGAAGUUAUUCUUGUUGUUUUCCUUCUUUAUUGUAAUUUUGUCCCACCCACCUUUUCCUCCAAAAGGCAUGCAUGGUUCUUCCCCUUCUCAUUUAAUCCCCACAACAACCCUGUCAGGUUGGUUAAGUCAAGAGGCGGUGACUGGUCCAAGGUCACCCAGUGAGCUUCAUGGCCGACCUGGUCUCCCAGGUCCAAGUCACACAUUACAGUGGCUCCUCGGGUUACAGACAUUUCAGGUUGCAGACUCCGCUAACCCAGAAAUAGUACCUCGGGUUAAGAACUUUGCUUCAGGAUGAGAACAGAAAUUGUGCCGCAGAAGCGGAAGGCCCCAUUUGCUAAGUGCCACCUUAGGUUAAGAACAGUUUCAGGUUAAGAACGGACCUCCAGAACAAAUUAAGUUCUUAACCCAAGGUACCACUGUAUAACCCCUCCCAUCAAGGUUGCUUAUACAAUAUUUACGUAAAGCGUACGAUUUCCUGGAAACUGCAGUUUGUUCAGGGUGCUGGGAAGUGCAACUUCAUGAGCGGUAAACCACAGUUCCCAGAUUUAUUUGGGGAAAACCAUAUGCUUUAAAAAUGUAUGUUGCGUACACAGCCAAAAUAUAAGACGGGAGACACCUGGAUUGCCAGUAAUACAUGUGAAAAGGUUCUAGGGGUCUUAGUAAACCAAAAGCUAAACAGGAAUCACAGACUCCUAGAAUUGUAGAGCUGGAUGGGACCCCAAGGGUCAUCUGGUCCAGGGCUGUCUUGAGCAGAUCUGGUGCCCUGGCGCCGUGGUGCGCUGGAUCCCUCCGGCGCCCCCACCCUGCCCCGUUUCCCAGCGUGGCGGGCGCAGCGCGGCACCCCCUGGUGGCCUGGCGCCCUGCGCCACCCAGCCUGGCUGUUGGGCCGGCCCUGAUCUGGUCCAACCUCUUGCAGUGCCCCUUCCAAUCUGCAACCAGACCAGACCCUGCUAAAAAAAAGCUAAUGCUAUUCUAGGCUGCAUCAACAGAAGUGUAAUGUCCAGAUCAAGGGAAGUAAUAGUACAACUCUAAUUCUGGGCGCCACAAUUUAAGGAGGAUAUUGACAAGCUGGAACGUGUGCAGAGAAGGAUGAGCAAGAUUAUAAAGUGUCUGGAAACCAAGCCUGAUGAGGAACAGUUUAGGGAGUUGGCCAUGUUCAGCUUGGAGUAGGGGAGGCUGAGAGGAGAUAUGGUAGCCAUUUUCAAAUAUGAGAAGGGCUGUCACAGUGUCACAUGGAACAAGCUUGUUUUCUCCAGCUCUGGGGGGUAAGACUCAAAGCAAUGGCUUCAAGUUACAAGAAAGGAGAUUCUGACUAAGCAUUGGGGAGAACCUUUGGACAGUAAGAGCUGUUUGAUGGUGGAAUGGAUUCUUCAGAAGGUGGUGGACUCUCCUUCAUUGUAGGUUUUAAAGCAGAGAUUGGAUGGUCAUCUGCCAUGGAUGCUUUACUUGAUAUUCCUGCAUUGCAGGGAGUUGGACUUGUUCCCACCCAUCCCAGGGAGUGCUCCCUUUUGUCUUUGUCCUCACUUCCCAAAUUGUUGAUUUAUGUGUGCUCAUUUUGCACAAACUGAGCAUGUGCAGGAGUCAGCAGAACUGUGUGUGCACAGUAACACACACCCAGGAAUUCCCAAUUUAAUACAAGCUUGCAUGGGCACUCUUGUGUUCGAUCCUAAAAUGGCACACAUUUCCCAUUCCAAAACAGGAAAGUACUUUGAUCAGCAGUAUCUGAAUGAAUAGAGUACAGCCAGCCAGCCAACCAAUUUCCUAGACAUAGAUAUGAAACAUUUGCAUUGUGAAUAAACUGAAGCAUCUGUUCCACAUGUGCAGGCUAUCGCUUUUUCGAUUGCAGUAGUGCCGGCCCUACCAUUAGAAAGAGUAAGGUAGCUGCCUCGGGCCAGGCAGCAGUGGUCAAAUGCUUAUGAAAAGAACUCCAUGUGG